UUCUCAAACAUACCCCGCCUACGUUUACCCUUCCUGUCGCAGAAGUAAUCUGAACGAGAUAUUUGAUUCGAAAGAGUACUGUCUACUGACCGCGCUCUUUGUUAACAACGCACGUCAUCGCAAGGUUUGACACCAGAAGCCCCUCGCAAGCUGCACACCAAAACAAGCGAUACCCCCCUCAUAACAUCCACACCUACCGACCUUCGAACUUUCGCCAUCGGUAUCUCCGGCAAACAUGGAUACCAACAUGGAGGAUGUGAAGAUGCCAGAAGCCAUACAGAUGUCGUCCGUCCCUAGCACAGAGCCGGCUACGAUCCCCACACUCGAUGGCUGGAUUGAAAGCUUGAUGAGCUGCAAGCAGUUGGCAGAAAGCGAUGUGCAGAGGCUAUGUGAUAAGGCUCGAGAAGUCCUCCAAGAGGAAUCCAAUGUUCAACCAGUGAAAUGCCCAGUCACGGUGUGCGGUGAUAUCCACGGUCAGUUCCAUGACUUGAUGGAGCUCUUCAAGAUUGGUGGACCCAACCCAGACACUAACUACCUUUUCAUGGGUGACUACGUUGAUCGUGGAUAUUUCUCUGUGGAGACGGUGACGUUGCUUGUAGCUCUCAAGAUCCGCUACCCACAACGUAUUACUAUCCUUCGUGGAAACCACGAGUCCCGUCAGAUUACGCAGGUGUAUGGUUUCUAUGACGAAUGUCUUCGAAAGUACGGCAACGCCAAUGUUUGGAAAUACUUCACCGAUUUGUUUGACUAUCUUCCGCUCACCGCUCUGAUCGACAACCAAAUAUUCUGCCUUCAUGGAGGACUUUCUCCCAGUAUUGACACCCUGGAUAACAUCCGUGCUUUGGACAGAAUACAGGAGGUUCCUCAUGAAGGACCCAUGUGUGAUCUUCUCUGGUCCGAUCCCGAUGACAGGUGUGGUUGGGGUAUAUCUCCCCGAGGUGCGGGCUACACCUUCGGACAGGAUAUAUCGGAGGCGUUUAACCAUAACAAUGGUUUGACCCUGGUAGCAAGAGCACAUCAGCUUGUGAUGGAGGGUUACAAUUGGUCCCAAGACAGGAAUGUUGUGACUAUUUUCUCUGCACCAAAUUACUGUUACAGAUGCGGCAACCAGGCCGCGAUCAUGGAGAUUGACGAGCACCUGAAAUAUACCUUCUUGCAGUUCGACCCAUGCCCACGAGCUGGCGAACCGAUGGUGUCGCGCAGGACCCCCGAUUACUUCCUCUAGACAGCAUUACCGGCGCCCCCAGCUCCCUUGCUAAGACUGGUAGACUGUAUAUAAUCUCAGCCUAUCAACGCCCUUUGAUUGGGGUCUUCUUAUACCUAUGUAACGAUUACCAUUGGCUUCAAACAGGCAGGCCCCAAUGUGUACAUGAGCGAUGAGCCCUUUGUCUUGUAGAGCGUCGAUAUGUGCAAUGAGCACAGAAAAACAGUAUUGUGAACGUAUUGCGCCGCGCGGCUUGGUAUGCCAUGGUUUAUGUGUCAGCCAUGACACUUAGAACCCACGAUAAGGUGUCGUGGUGUACGGAGUAAGCUAAUAGACGAAAUGCCAUGAAGUAAUGGCUGCGAGUA